GUCAAAUCCUCCCUUCCCACCGGAAACACUUCAAAAAAUCUACUCGUUAUCUCCUUCCUCGUCUUCUCCUUCACUUGAUCCCCGCCAGUCCGCCACCACCACACCACUUCCCGCCAUGCCGCCGCCGCCGCCGCAGCGGCCAGCUUCCUCCCGCGCUGGCCGCGCCAACCUCUUUUCCUCCCCGCCGCCUUCCCUCCCCAAACCCCGCAACCUCCAGAACCGGUCCGUACCCCUCCCGCCCCUUCCCCGUCGCCGCCGCCACCCAAGGAACCACGACGAGCUGCCUUCCCAAGAACAGCAACUGACAGACCCAGCUCCAAGAACCAACACCACCAAUCCCGCCUUCCGAACGGCCCAUCUUCGCACCGCGUACCGCAAGCCCGUGCCCCCGGUCGCGGCCUCUGGUGAGGGCGAGGCCCUCCUUGCCGCCGACCCCACCGACGCCGCCGCGGGGCGCGCCGUCGUUGUGGGCCCUUCCGGCCUCUCUUUCCGCCUCCCCGGUGCGCCGUUCGACUUCCAGUUCAGCUACUCCGAGGCACCCCGUGCCCCGCCGCUCGCCAUUCGGGAGCCCGCGUUCCUGCCCUUCGCGCCGCCGACCAUGCCGCGGCCGUGGACGGGCAAGGCUCCUUUGCUGACCAAGGAGGAGAAGGCGCGCCGCCGGGGCGUGCGCUUGCACACGCCGCUCGGGCAGGAACCGCCGCAGACGGUGAGCGCGCACGGGAUCAUGAUGGAGGUGAGGGGAAGGAGGCAGCUGGACCUGGCCCGGGUGAGCCCCGGCGAUGGAAGGAGCCGGGAGGAGGUGCUCGGGGAGCCGCUCACCCCCGCUGAGGUGCGGGCGCUCGUCAAGCCUCACAUCUCCCACAAUCGGCAACUCAACAUUGGAAGGGAUGGUUUGACCCACAACAUGUUGGAAAUGAUACAUUGCCACUGGAGGCGUCAGGAAAUCUGCAAAGUUAGAUGCCGAGGCGUUCCAACUGUUGAUAUGAACAAUCUCUGUUAUCACCUUGAGGAAAAAUCAGGUGGAAAGGUCAUUCACCGAGUAGGUGGUGUUAUUUUUCUGUAUCGAGGAAGACAUUAUGACCCACGCACUCGUCCUCGCUAUCCACUAAUGCUUUGGAAACCUGCUACUCCUGUAUUUCCAAAACUCAUCAAGGAAGUCCCAGAGGGGCUUACAAAAGAAGAAGCAGAUGAAAUGAGGAGGAAAGGGCACGAUCUGCUGCCAAUUUGUAAAUUAGCAAAAAAUGGAAUAUAUAUCAGCCUUGUCAAGGAUGUUCGAGAUGCUUUUGAAGGAAAUGACUUGGUUAAGAUUGACUGUGAGGGCUUGAAUCCAAGUGACUACAAAAAGAUUGGAGCAAAACUAAGGGAUCUUGUUCCUUGUGUUCUUUUAUCAUUUGAUAACGAACAGAUAUUAAUGUACAGAGGCAAAGAAUGGAAGUCCAGAUACUCGAAGCCUCUGACUCUCAUUCCAAAGAAUAACCUGGCAAUGCCAUCUGACGUGAGUACGUCAGAUACAGAUGAAGCCACCGAUGCCAACAAUCAAGUCGCAAUAAGAGAAGUAUUGAGACCCAAAAUGUUUAAAUUAUGGAAGAGUGCAUUGGAGUCGUCUCUGGCAUUGCUGCUGGAUGAUGCUGAAGUGAAUGAUCUUACACCUGAUUCACUUCUUACGAGGGUCGAGGAGUUCAGUGUUACAUCUCAGGCUGUGGAGCACUCAUUUCCAGCCUUACUUGUGGGCAACGGUGAGGGGAACCCUGAAGUUCUAAGCGCUGAACACAUAGAAGAUGAGUCUGAUACAGGCGGUCCUGGAUACCAAGAAGGUCCGUUUGAGCAAUCACCUGAUCACAGCGAUGAUGAACAUUUUGAGUUUGACAUGUUUGAGCGUAUGGAGUCGUCGGCGCCGUUGGGAUCGCUACCGAUUGACACUAUGAUAGAACGGAUGAACAGUGAGUGAAUGGGAGCAAAGAUUGAUGGUUAGGUUGCAUUGUCGGACUGCAUAUCCAUUUUCUGCCUUCCUCUGACCGCAGUCCGAUGGUUGCAAUAGCUGAGAAUUUUCCGCAAUUUUCCUUGAAACAUGAUGUAAAGAAACUAAUUGUAGUAUGCUGAUUCACCUUCUUGUAAAGAAAACUGAUCACACCUACUGCUCAUCAUCAAUAUAUAUCAAGUUUGUGAUU